GAUAAGCGGAUAACCGGAUUGUAUCACACAAGCCCCGACGAAUCACCACAAGAAACACGUGUGUUCAAUUAAAAAUAAAUAAAAAUGAUAGUGGAGCUGUUAAUAUUUAUAUUCUCAACAUUAUCCGUGUAUAUUUUGUAUGGUUAUUACAAGAAUAAUCAGGAUUUUGAGGAGAAAGGAGUGAAGUACCUCCCCGGAGUGCCGAUAUUCGGGAACACGGCCGGGAGUACGCUGGGGAGACAUCACAUGUUUUUUGAUUAUCAGAAUGUGUACAAAGCUUUUCCAGGUGAGAGUUACGUUGGCUACGUGGAUGGCAUGGCUCCAACGAUCCUGCUCCGAGAUCCGUCCGUCAUCAAACUGAUCACUGUGAAGGAUUUUGAUCACUUUGCUGAUCACCGACCACUGUCUUCCGAUGAUCUGUUUUCCGAAAGCCUGGUGAUGAUGAAAGGCGACAGAUGGCGCGACAUGCGCUCCACGCUGAGCCCCGCGUUCACCGGCUCCAAGAUGAGGCAGAUGGUGCCCUUCAUGAACGAGACCAGCCACAACAUCGUGCAGUACUUGAGAGAAACGGAAGGACAAAACAUAGACGCAACAUUCCUCAUUCAUUGCUACACCAAUGACGUAAUCGCCUCAACAAUAUUCGGAGUCCAAGUGAACACAUUGAAAGAUCCCAGUAACUAUUUCUACAAAGCUGGACAAAAACUAGUGGCUAGUUCCUUCUCGAAAAAACUUUCAUUUUUCCUUGUAUUGACCUUCCCUUUUCUGGCAAAGUACUUUCCGUUCUUCCCAAAAGAGGCUACGGAUUAUUUCAAGGACUUGGUGUUGAAGACCAUGGAACACCGCGAGAAAAACAACAUUCAACGACCAGACAUGAUCCAAAUGUUGAUGGAGGCUGCUAAAGGGACAUUGAAAGAUCAACCCCAGGACAAACUAGAUGAUGUUGGCUUUGCUACCACCCAAGAAGCUGAUGUGAAGCCAAAGGGUAAAUUAAGACAAUGGGAUUACGAAACGCUAGCUGCGCAAGCGUUCCUGUUCUUCUUCGGAGGCUUCGACAGUUCUGCGGCCGUCAUCGUGAUGGCCAUCCACGAGCUCGCCAUAAAUCCUGGUGCUCAAGAGACUCUCCAUGAAGAGGUGAAGAAGCAUCAUGAACAACACGGGGAGAUGACUUACGAAGGCGUCCAAAACAUGCCCUAUUUGGAUUGUGUUGUUAAUGAAACCUUAAGGAAGUGGACUCCAGGGGUCGCAAUGAACAGGGUAUGCGUGAAACCAUACGUCCUGCCCCCUCCAAGAGAAGGAGGGAAACCAGUGAAAGUAAAACCGGGAGACAAUAUCUACAGCGUCGUAAGCGCCUUGCACUGGGACGAACAGUAUUAUCCAGAGCCUGAAAAGUUCAAGCCUGAAAGAUUCAGUGACGAGAACAAACAUAAGAUACAGGCGUUCACGUUCAUUCCUUUUGGAGUUGGACCCAGGAAUUGCAUAGCCUCGAGGUUCGCGAUCCUGGAGCUGAAGGUCCUCCUCUACCACCUGGUCCUCCACUUCGAGGUCCAGAAGUGUGAGAAGACCUCUGACCCCAUCCGCCUGGGUCCACGCGACUUCAACGUGCAGGCUGUCGGCGGCACUUGGGUCAAGUUUAAGUCUCGGAAAUGAACACGAUAUUAUGCUUCCAGAUUGGUAGGAGACGUAGCAUGUUAGGUUGAUUUUGUACAUAAUAAUAAUAAGACAUCCAUAAACAGUAGGAAUGCAAAUGUACAAAAUGUGUAUUUUUUAUUUUACUAAUAAUUUGUGUAUAAAAAGGAGCUGUGCAAUCCUUUUCUAUUCCUUUUCAUUUGCUUACUUACUGAUGACAUGCCUAAUAUUAGAAUAAACUUCAAUAAAAGUAUAAGUACCUAAUUUAACAAA